AAAAUUAUGUUUGCCACCCAAAUCUUUGCCAGUCAUUGUUGAGCAAACGUGGUUGUAACAACGUUCGACUGGUGGAGUAUUUUUUGGUAGCAAAAUUCGUUUUAAACGACAAACUGUGCACUAAAAUGAUGGUCCCAAUUGGUGAUCCCGGUUCGAUUCCGAUGGAAACGCUCGAAAGUACGGGUGUUCGAGAGUUUGAGCUAUCUUUUCGUAACGUUUCGUACUGUGUGAAGCAUAAACAUGAUCGUACCCAUUCCGUCAUCCUGAAGAAUCUCUCCGGGUCCUUCCGAUCUGGACGGCUAGUAGGCAUUAUGGGACCAUCCGGUGCAGGAAAAUCAACCCUCCUGAACGUGCUCAGUGGCUUCAAAAAAAAUAACGUCACCGGUCAGCUUAUGGUCGAUGGGCAGCGACUUUCGGAACGAAGAUCGCGAAAGAUCAUCUCCUACACCCAGCAGGAGGUGUGUCUGUGGUCCGCCCUUACGGUCAUGGAAAGCCUUCGGUAUGCGGCCGAAUUUAAACUUUCGCCCACGAUCGGCCCCGAACAGAAACUGGCCCGCGUCGGUGAACUUCUUCAUGUGCUGGGACUAACGGCUUGUGGCGAUACACUCACCAGCAACAUUUCCGGUGGUCAAGCAAAGCGUCUCUCAAUCGGACUCGAGCUACUAUCAGAUCCCAAAGUAAUGCUGCUGGAUGAGCCAACGAGCGGGCUGGACACGGUAGCCGCCUAUCAGGUGCUAGCACACGUCAAACAGCUUGCCGACCGGGGUCGCGUUAUCGCCUGCGUCAUCCAUCAGCCAAACUCCCAGCAGCUGCUGCUGAUCGAUGAUCUGUACGUGCUGGCAAAGGGUCGACGCAUCUACAGUGGAGCAACCGGCGAAAUGGUGACGCAAUUUGCUCGCUUCGGACUCGAUUGUCCCGUUUCACACAAUCCGGCCGAUUACGGUACGAGUCACAGCUGCUUGUGUGUGAGAGAACCUUUGCAUGUGAUACGAGAUGGGCUUAUACUGUUCUCCUGCUUUACAGCGCUCGAAGUAGCCAGCCUUGAUCAGGAAGAUGAACGGUUGAAGCGAUUAAUGAUGGAGGAGGAAAAGGAUAUUUUCGACUACAGUCCACCGCGCUUGAUGGUGGAGAAAAGUGUUGAUGGAUCGUAUCAACGUUACGCAUUGUCGACACUGCAGCAGUUGGGCGUACUGCUACGAAGGACAUCCCGGUGUACCCUGCGUGAUUCGUACCAAUUUAAAGCACGCAUUCUCAUAAACAUCGCCAUCGCGCUCAUCACGAGCGUUGCGUUCUACAACACCGGCAACAACGCUGACCGCAUCCUGGCCAACACCGCCGUGCUGAUCAUUAAUCUGUACGCCAUCUUCUUCACGAGCAUAGUUUCGGCGGUGCUGGUUUAUCCCCGCGAGUCCGCCUGCUUCGUGCUGGAGAGCAAAAAUAAUUGGUACUCCCUGCGGGCGUACUACUUGGCCAAAAUUGUGGUCGAACUUCCCACGCUGAUCCUUUCGUCGUCGGUGUUCUUCCUUAUCGUGUACUACUUCACCGCACAACCGUUCGAGUGGCUUCGGAUCGGUACGUUCGCACUGGUUUGCCUCAUGUUCGGUUGGAUUUCGCAGAUGCUGGGACUGCUGCUGGGCAGCAUCAUGUCGGUGCAGAACUCCGUCUUCGUGAGCAUCCUGAUAAUGGUGCCGGCUUCGCUGUUUUCCGGCUUCUUCGUACCGUUGCGCGACGCAAGCAUUCUGCUCAAACCGCUGUUGUACGUGUCCUUCGUACGGUACGCGUUCGAGGGUGCCGUCCAUGCGAUCUAUGGGUUCGAUCGAGCAGACCUCGAAUGUCCGGAGGUGUUUUGCUAUUUCCGUCAGCUGAAACGAUUUCUCGAGUUUGUAUCGAUGCCGGACCUAGCCUACGGGUACGAUCUGCUCGCCCUGCUCGGUUGGAUCGUGCUACUGAUGGGUGCGGUGUACUUUAGUUUGCGAAGGCGAAUCAAACAAGACUAAGCCCAAAGUACGGACGAUAGUACUUUUUGGGCCGAGUCGGGAAAAGUUUUCAAAAAAUGAUAGAACAAAAUCAAUAUGCAAUUUAUUCGAUGUAAGAAAAUC